UCUACUUCCUCGUGACGUAACAAAAUUGCUUGUUCUUUGUACUACCACAGCAAUCGUUGAUAAAAACGUUUCGAUUGUGCAAAUUCAACUAUUCCCUCUUUUGUUUAAUUUUUGGUUGUUUCAAGACAAGUACUAAAGACAACGAUUUACUUUCCUGUUCAAAAUACUAUCUUUACUAGCUAGGACAAUAUGACUGUUGACUGGCUGGGGUUUGCCUAUGCAGCGACUAUAGCAUUCGGAGGGUUUGUGGGUUAUAAGAAGAAAGGAAGCUCAAUGUCAUUAAUUGCGGGACUAUUUUUUGGAACCAUAUCUGCUUAUGGAGCAUAUAGGAUAACUAAUGACCCUAGCGACAUAUGGAUUUCUUUUGCUGCUGCUUCUGCUCUGGCAUUUGUGAUGGGAAUGAGAUUUAAGAACUCUGGAAAAUUAAUGCCAGCAGGAUUUAUGACUGGAUUAAGCCUCCUCAUGGUUGUGCGACUGCUGAUCCUCUGAAAAUUGCCAUGAAAUGGAACUCUGGUUACUUGGUGACUGAACUCUUUUUGAAAAUGUUAAUAUGAAAAUAUUUGACUACAAAUGUGUUGUAUCAGCCCUUGACUUAUGUUGUGCUAACUGUAAUCGUUUAUUACAUUCCAAAAAAAUAUUGUUUCAUACUUUGUCAUUUUACUAAUAUCAUGAAGCCAGAAAAAGUAAUUAUUCAGUAGAAAGCAUAAGUGUCAUACACUUUUGUUUCUCUUCCAAGUUAAAAUUAAUAUACAAACCAGUUUCCACUUUUAUUGAUAAAAAUACAUGCAUAGACAAUGGCUGUCAGUCACCGUAUAGGCACAUUAAUUAUGCAUCACUCAUUCGUUAUCCAGGUUAACAAUGUAACAAUUGAAGAGAACUGCUGAGAAACAUAUUAAGAUGGCUUGUUAUCUUAAAAGACACAUUAAACAUUAAUUAUAGCCCAUCCAUCUACUUAAUUGAACAAUAUAAAAAGUUUCAAAUAUUGUUGUAUUAAUUUGUCCUAAUGUAAUCAAAAUGCUUUAGGUAUUAUAAUCAGUCUUCAUGUAUGACUGACAAAUUAAUUAAAUUGCUUUAAACUGUGA